UCCUCCCCAACUCCACCCGUAAUCAUGGCUCCAGCUUUGGAUCUGAAAGCUGGCCAGGUCGUGGAGGUCCGACUCCAAAAGCCAGAGCCUAUCACCCACCGCGGGACGAUUCGAUACAUUGGCGAGGUCAAUGUGCCUGGCCAGGAGGGCAUUGAGUUUGUCGGCAUCGAGCUCUCCUCUGCAACCGGAAAGAACGACGGCUCGGUUCAGGGCGAACGCUAUUUCCAAUGCCCUCCCAUGCAUGGACUGUUUGCGGCUCGCGACAAAGUCACCAAGAUCAUACAACAAGCGCGCCCCGUCGCACCCAAAGUCGCACCUCCGAAACCAGCAACACCCGGCGCAAGGCCUCGCCCGUCCAGCGUUGGCGCCUCCCAGACAACAGCACGGCCUGCUAGGCUUUCGUCUGUGGGCGGUGCGAAGCCGACGACGCUCCAACAACGCCUCGCCGCCGCUGCGAAGCCGUCUUCGCCUGUAAAGGGAGCUCCCGCACGGCCGCCUUCGACGACCCGACCGCCGUCUGCUACUUCGAGAGCAUCCAUAACACCAUCCGCACAAUCGAGACGAGUGUCGACUGUCGGCUCAUCGCAACCUCCUACAACUCGGCCCACUCGCAAACCUUCCCUCUCCUCCGCUACCGCUUCCGGCACACGCUCUACAGCUCCACGAGAGACCGCGCCCCCUCCAACGAAAGCGCCUACCGAGCGCACAAGACAGAUUCCAGAGGCUGAAUACCGACGUCUGCAGAAGCAACAGGAGGACACCUCUCAGCUGGAAGCCGAUGUGCUGAAGCUGCGGACAGAAAAUGAGCGGUACAAAGAGGCCAUCUUCCCCAAAUUGAAUGAGAAGGUUCAAAAAUAUGGAAACGAAAAUGCUAGUAUCAAAGAGGAGAUCGCCCUGCUCAAAGCGGAGAAUGACAAGCUGGAAAAGGCCUUACAAGAGCGCGAUACAAUAGUCGAGCUGGCUACCAUCGACCGGGAAAUGGCAGAAGAGCAGAAGGAGCAGCUCGAAGCUGAGCUGGAGAACGAGCGCGCCGUCAUCGAGGAGCUCCGACUUGAAUUGGAGAUCAAACAGGAAGAAGCAUCGUUCAUUGACGAUGAUAUGCCCGAGGAUGAAAAGCAACUUGCUAUGCUGCGUCAGGCCCAGAACGAGAGGGACCGGUAUCGGGAGGGUAUCGUAAAGCUCCGUGACAUGACAAGAGAGCAGAUCAAGGAGCUUGAGGCCCGCAAUCGCGAACUUGAGGCUCAAGUCGCUCAUACCGAGACAAUAGAAGCCGAUUAUGCCGCCGCAAAAGACGAGAUUGUGACACUGCAAGGAUAUGUCUCGGACUUACGGGAACGCGUCGACACGAACAAUGAGAUGGAAGAAAUGAACGAAGAACUCAUAGACAAGAUCGCGACCCUCGAGGAUUCCAUCUCACGUCUCCGGCUUGAGCGGAAAGAGCUUUCCACUAUGGUCGAGGUCAGCAACGAAACCGUCAAUGACUAUGCGGAACACGCGGACGAUCUGGAAGCAGAGCUUGAGACUAGGGAUGCUCAGCUUGCCGAUGUCUCCCGUGAACGCGAUGCGGUUGAAAAGGACAACGCUGAACUGCAAGAUCGUCUGUCCAAAUACCAAACAGUCGCCAUGGAAUUGCAAUCCCAGGUCCAAGAACUGCGUGCAGACAAGGCAACGACUGAAGAGGAGGUGAAGGAUGUUACUGGACGCUUCAAUGAAGUCAUGGAACUUCAGCGGCGACUCCGCACCGCAGGUGUCAAGGACACGAACCGCCAGAUCGAUACAUCGCUGCAGCAUCUGGCAGCGAAAGAGGCACAGGAACAGCGCGAUAUGAUCAGGCACUAUCUGACAGAGUCCGCGUACGCCGACUUCAACGGCUCAUCUGUGCAAGCGUACUUCAGGGCGAAGUCGAUCAGCUUCAAGGCUAAUCUGACCGCAUCGGUCAUCCGAACAUCCACAACCGAUCAGUUCGGCGGCGAGAAAGGCCCUGAACAAGUCUUGGACGCUCUCAUGCGCCAUGAUGUCGUCGGCCACUUCGACUACAUUCACACGUAUACCGAGCAGAUAUGGACGGCUAUGGCAUCUUGCACACUAGACGAGUUUGUAAAGGCCGGUCACUUGUUCCAGGAUUUUGAGAGCGUGGUGCGCACUGUCGAGGGGUGCAUGAGCAGUCUAAAACGAGACGAACUGAAUUUGAAAGAUUCUUUAGAGUCUGCGCGUGGCUCUUACAAUGUUCUGGGAGCAAUGUACCGCUCCAACACUUACCUCUCCAACGCUCGACCGGAUAGUACCAUCAUUCUUCAUGUAUCUGUCAUCCGAGCCAGUCUUGAACGCAUUCGAUCAGUUUUCGAUGCCCUCAAGACCUUUGUUUCGCGCGUUGAACCGGUCUACGAAAAUGUCGAGGACCAUGUGGAUCUCGGUGCAUUUACAGAACCAACACAGACAACUACUGAGACUCUUAACGUAGUCACCAAGUUCAGUGCUGCUUUGAAAGCACUACAGAAGGAUAGCCUCUACCCCAGCCUACCGGACGGCAUCGAAGCUCUUGUGAGCAUGAACGAAUCCCUCGACCGCUUCGCAAACAAAGCGCAAGACAAUGCGGUAGCGUUCAUUCGCAAUGUACUGAGCAAGCUUGCGAAAGAGCCCGAGGGCGUUGAUGCGACGAUGAUGACUGCCGAGCUCGAUACUCUCUUCAAGAAAAAUCUAUUGCACGAACUCCACUCAUCUGUUUCCGAUGCUAAAUUGCGCAUCGGACAAUGGAACGAAUAUGCUUCGAUCCUAAAUAACUGCCUUGAAGUCCAGCUGCAGCCGGCACCCUGGGUUGUCAAGGCCCAACAGAUCGAAGCGGAGAAGAAACAAUCCAUCGAGUCCGAGAAAAAACUCCAACUCAUCAGCACCGAGCUUCACGCAGCAUUGCUGCAAGUGCGCGAACGUCAAGAAACUAUCGACACCAAGGAACUCGAGAUCGAGCACCUCAAAGCCCGCGCCCAGGAAGCUGCUGUGAAGGCAGGCACCAUCGAAACCCUUCAGGCCGACCUAGAUAAGGCCCGCUCCGAGCGUGAAACCUACCGCUCCGAGGCCGAGACUUUGCAAGCGCAGAUCGCCCGUCUUGAGCGCGAAGGCGUCUCCCGACCAGACGACAUCUCAAAUGCCGUCCCCGCCACGCCCCAGCCGACCCGCGAGCGUCCCGAGCCCGUCGAGGCACCCCAAGCCACCGUAUCCAGCUCGUUCGCGACUCUCGUCAAGGCACUCAGGGAAGAGAAUCAAUACCUCCGCCAGCGCGAGAACGCAGAUAUCCUCAGCCACGACCUCGACGCUGUCUUCGCCAAGGCCCGCACCGAGCGUGCGGCGCGUGCUAAAGCGGAUGCGAGACACAAGCAGGCGCUCGCGGCGGAGAUGCUUGAUAUGGCGUUUACGUCGCAGCUUAUGGGUAUGCAGGGGUCUGUGGUGCGGCCGUUGGAGUUGUGGGGUGGUGAGCUUACUGCGGAAGGGGGCGAGAAGGAGGGACAUGCAGUGCCAUGGCAGCAGACGCAGAAACAGAAAGGUGGUCCAAGUUUCCCGCUUAUGCUACAGACGGGGAAGAUGGCGAGUCCGCUGGCGUAUGUGGAUGAUCUGAGCUUUGUGGAUUUGUCGCCUGCGGCGGAGGCGUUUGAGGUGAUGGGGAACUGGCCGUGAGGGGUUGAAUGGGAUGGAUGUUCCUGGCGGACUUGAUUUUGGCUGUGUAAGUUCGUGGCAGUGUGUGCGUGUGUCAUUCAAGCAUAGCGUGGAGUACUGUACCCUUUUUCAUAGUUUGUGAGAUACCCCUGGGCGGUUCAGCUUCGCUGCUAAGGUGCGAGACGGCGGUGCUGGCGAGGCGAUUGAUAAAUAAUCGAUAUUAUUUCUG